AUGGCGCGGCGCGCCCGUGGACGCGCGCGCGCGCGCGCGUGCGUCGCGCUCGCGCUCGCGCUCGCGCUCGCGCUCGCGCGCCCGGUCGAGGGAGGACGGGCGAGGACGGCGAGGACGACGACGCGCGGGGUGGUGGUCGUCGCGCGCGCGCUGACGACGUUGGUGACGACGACGACGACGCGCGCGAGCGCGCGUGAACGAUGGAACGACGACGACGACGACGAGGGCGACGAUGGGUUCGAUGGGUUGUUCGACGACGACGUGUUCGCGAACGAUGCGGAUGACGGGGAAAGGGACGACGACGGGAUGACAACGGUCGAGACUGGGACUUCGAUGGAGACGGCUUUGCGCGGUGACGUGGCGGCGGAGGCGGACGAGGACGUGGAUGAGGGAUCGGCGAUGGUAUUCAGUGAGGCGUUGAGCGAUGACGGGGGUGAAGAGACGUCGAAGGGGUCGGUGCUCGCGGAUUUGGUCGCGUUGGGGGGGACGGAGGCGCGCGCGCUCAUGCGCGACUUGUUCGUCGAGGCGAGUAAGUUCGGAUUGGACGUCGAUGGAGAAGACGAGGAUGAUGUGGAUGAUGAUGGCGGUAGUUCGAGUGGUGAGGGGGUCGAAGACGUAAGUACGGACGCAAUGGCACCGAUGGUUGAAGACGAGGACGCGUUAACCGAGCUGCGAGCGUUAGAAUAUGACGAGAACGAGGACGAUAGUGAGGACGAGCGAGCGAUUGAACAGAGGAAAAAGCUGUUGAUAGAACUAGGAGUAGAUAUUGAGGCCGUACCGGCGCCCACGGCGGUCGAACCAGAGGCCGUGAAGACCGAGCCCGAGCCUGUGAAGGUUGAGCCGAUGGCUACCGCGCCCUCGGCGGCGCUGUCAAAACCGCCCGACGUUCGCCUGGAAGAGGCUCUGAAGGCGAUUCCCAACGUUCUCACGGCACCCAAAACCCGGCGCACGCUGCUAUCUGUGAUAGACGCCAGCAACGUACGUUGGCUCACAUGGGACGACAUGCCGGAGGGACUUCGGCGAAAGGUGUCUGGAAGUGUGCCGAUGGAACCAUCUCCGAACGGUCGCGUCGUCAGGGUUGGCGGCUACUGGAGGGCGGCAGGGAUGAAUAACAUGCAGCGACGGAAGAGUAAGUCGAGGAACGGGUUCCCUCUGCGCAAGUACGAGGUCGAGGAAGAAGUUCAGGAGUGCAACAAGCGAUACGUCGUCUCCGCAGUGGAGUGCUUUGGCGAAAACUCGCGUCAAGCCGUCAUCACCGUCGACGGUUCGCACUCCUUCCUCCCCGGAGAUUACAUCACGUUCGAUCGCGUCGGGGCGGCGAAUCCCGAGCACUCUUUGGAGAUCAAUCGUCAGCACCGCGUAUACGGGUUGCCCGCGGAUCUAAAUGUGGACGCAUCAAGACUCAGUUGGACCGACGUCUGGUCCUCGUCUCCGCUCGUCGGGAACCACCAGAGCGCGUUCGCGGUCACGUUCAACACCCCGGGAGUGGCGUGCGAUGCGAUUCCGAUCGCCAGCUCCAUCGUGCGAAGCUCUGCGAACACGCGUUUGCCCUUCUGUUAA